AUAGGCUGAUAUCAACGAAUAUACGGUCGAAGUACGUGGUUCCCACAUCUCCACUGUUGUUGGCCUUACACAAAUGAAAUCCCGUUCCCAUUUCCACCUCCCUUAACAGGCGCGCGAAUAUCGCAAUCUUGGUUUGAAAAAGAAAAGCAAUUGUCCCCGGAAUUAUUCGACCCAGUUUUUGUCUUCACUCUACACGCUCCCUCCCACCUCCACAAGAGUCAAAAACCCAAUGGAAGAAGUUUUGUAAAAUCCAAAGAAAAUUAACCAGCUAAUAUAAUAACUUAGACAAGAAUUCAACCCAGAAAGCUAUUCAUUUUCUUUUUUAUUUUUUGUUGUUGUUGUUGGUUUUCUGGUUCGGUUCAUUAUAAUAAAUUGAACAUUCUUCUGCAUCUUGUCUUGUUCUUCUUUACUGUCAGUCCGUGUCAGGAUUUUUGUCAAGGACUGUAGUUCUAGGAAAGGGGACUUGGGAUGAUCUUUGAGGCUUUUCUAUGUUCAGAGAACUGAAAGGUGUUCGAUGCAAGGAUGGAGGGGAUUUUGAUUUCUGGUGGCUAAUUUAGAUGCUGCAGAAGUUAGUUUCCGAGAGACAUUGCCUUUAGUUUGUGUGUUAGAUGGACCGAAGGAGUUGGCUGUGGCGGCGGAAGUCCUCAGAAAAAAGUCCCAGCGGUGAUACAGAGAGCUCAGGGUCAGUAUCAUCACAUUCAGAAAGAUUCUCCGAUGAUCAGACUCUGUCAGCUCUUAAUACUCAAUCCCCUGAAGUCACAUCUAAGGCUGCACCACCAGGUGAUGAACUUAAUGAUAGUGUGAAGGCCCUCUCAGAGAAACUAUCUGAAGCUCUUCUUAAUAUCCGCGCGAAGGAAGACUUGGUUAAGCAACAUGCUAAAGUUGCAGAGGAAGCUGUCUCAGGAUGGGAAAGGGCUGAGAAUGAAGUAUCAGUUCUGAAGAAACAAAAUGAUGCAUUAGCUCAGAAGAACUUGAUCCUGGAGGAACGCGUUGGUCAUCUUGAUGGAGCCCUUAAGGAGUGUUUGAGACAACUUCGACAAGCAAGAGAAGAGCAAGAAGAGAAGAUUUAUGACGCUGUUGCCAAAAAAGGUUGUGAAUGGGAAUCAAAGAAGUCUGAACUUGAGAACAAGCUUGUUGAGCUACAUGCUCAACUUCAAAGUGCUACCGAUGCUGAUAAAACUAUGCUUGCUGAAGUCCGCUCCAAACUUGAUGCUGCAGAGAAAGAAAACUCAAUCCUUAAGCUCAAGCUCCUUUCAAAAGCUGAAGAAUUGGAACUGAGGACCAGUGAGAGAGAUUUGAGCAUUCAGGCUGCUGAAACUGCUAGUAAACAACAUCUAGACAGCAUAAAAAGGGUGGCCAAGCUUGAAGCAGAAUGUCGCAGGCUAAAGGCUUUGGCCCGCAAAGGAACACUUGCUAAUGAUCAACGUUCAGGUACUGCAUCAUCAUUUUAUGUUGAAUCUUUCACGGACAGUCAGUCAGAUAGCGCGGAGAGGGCACUAGUUAUUGAAAAUGAUGGCUGUAAAUCGGUUGAUAGUGAACCACGUCACCCUGACUCAUGGUCAUCUGCAUUGGCAACAGAGAUAGGACACUUUAAGCAUGAAAGAACUCUUGGAAGAAGUCUAAUUGUUCCUUCAGUUGAGAUUGAUCUGAUGGAUGAUUUUCUUGAGAUGGAAAAGAUUGCUGCUCUACCUGAGACAAAUAGUGGAAGCGACCCUACCGCAAGGGUUGAUGAUCGAGAAGCCUCUUUGCAGGAUGAACUUGAAGCGAUGAUUCGCCGGACAACCGAACUGGAGGAGAAGUUAAAGAUGAUGACUGCAGAGAAAGUGAAUUUGGAGUUUGCUCUCAGUGAGUGCCAAAUUCAGCUCAAGGCAUCGGGAGAUCAACUGAAGGCAACCGAGGUAAAGUUAGUGGAGCUGAAUAAGCAGCUGGCUCUGGCUAACGAAGCAAGAAGAGAUGCAGAGAAAGAAGUUGAAAAUACAACAGUAAAGCUUAAGAAUGCAACUAACCUUUUAGAUGAGGCGGAGGUGAAUCUGCUGAAAAUUCAAGUUCAGUUGAUUGAAGCAAAUGAAGCAAAGAGCAUAGUGGAGGUGGCACUCGAGGAAGGCAACCUAAAGAAAGCGGAAGCAGAGUCGGAAAUCAAAGUAAUGAAACUUGAGUUAGAAACCCUGCAUUCAAGCAUCUCUACAUUAGAAAAAGAAGUUGAGAAAGAAAGAAAUCUUUCAAGGGAAGCUGUAGCUAAGUGUGACAUAUUGGAAGCUGAACUAUCAAGAAUGAAAUCGGAUUCUCAGUUUCAGAGAUCAGCAAUCAUUGAAGAAUUCAGAAUCAAUCAGGACAAAGAACUAGCAGUAGCUGCUAGUAAAUUUGCAGAGUGUCAAAAGACAAUUGCUUCUCUCGAUCGCCAGCUGAAAUCCCUUGCCACAUUAGAAGACUUCUUAAUCGACUCAGACAGUCCAGUGGCAGUUCUUUAGAAGGCAUUGGUAUCCUUGGCUCUGGCCAAGCUCUUGGAAAUUGCCUUUUUCAGGUGUAGCCGAUGCCAAUAGGACAAUAUGGAGCCCUCCGCACCACAUAAUGAAUCAUUGGCUUCUACAGACUAGUGAGAGUACCGCCUACAGGAGAGGUCUUUGCUGUCAAAACCACUGCAAUUCCCUUGGCAAAUAAAGCUGAGAACGAAAGUCAUCGAUAACUGGGAAACGAGAGCACUCAUUCGUGCUUUACACAAUUUUAUUGUCCCAUACAAUCAAUUUCUUGUGUAUACUUAAUUUCAUUUCACCAACUCAGACUAGAAAAAGAUGUAUCGAUAUCCUACGACUGUUCACAAGUUGUUAAUGUUGCCUUUCGGCCUUUUCUACCUUGUCGUUCUUUGUGUUUUUUGGUGCACAAUAUGUCUAUAGGACCAUCGUUUUAAAAUGGACAUUGGUGAGUGAUGGA